AUGAGCUCGAUAAAUAAUACGCAAUUAGUUGCUGUAUCACGACCAAUCUUCCGCUCGCUUCCAGACCUCGGGAAAGACGCCCUCUGGAUGCAUCUCGCGUACAUGAGGGACAUCUCCGCCCUCGGCUACCGCUACGAGCCUCUCCAACGAUGCACGCCGUUAUCCCGUCUAAUCCCUGCGCCCCGUUUGGCAGUUCCUUAA